AUGGCAAAACGUUCCACCAAAGGUUUAGGUUCAGCACAGUCCAGGAUUAGCACCCGUUUAACACUUACCUAUCACAAUAUCUGUGUAUAUAGCGUCAUCUGGUUACUGUGCUGCUGCGCAAGCGCAUGUUGCGCGGGCGUUCUAUGCGGCGUGUUUUGGGCGCGGUUCCUCAAGGUGCCGGCGCUACUCGCGCUGUACGACGUACAGAAGAACGACCCGGCAUCCUACCGCCUGCCCGUGAUAGCUGUCUGCCCCGCCAUCGAAGCUGUAACCGAGCUGUUUAUUGGCAAGCUUACCUCCAACGAAACUCUAAAGAAACAACUUCCAAAGUUGCUAGCACACGCUCUUAACGGCAAACCGUCUAAAAAAGACCAUCUGUACGUACUGGACCAACUAUUAGCUAACAACAACGUUACUUUAAACCGAAUGAUGUUCGAUCACAUGCCGCCCUGCAGAGAGGUCAUGCAAAAGUGCCGCUGGCAGACCCUGAACGUACCCUGCGAGGAUCUAUUCCAAAAAGAGAUCACUAACAGCAAGAUUUGCUGCGUGAUGAGGUCUAAUGAGAAACUGAUCAACAGCAAUAAGAAAGCUAAACAGUUAGCCAGUCAAGAAGUGGGUCAAAAGAUGGAAUUUGCGCUACAAUGUUCCAACGGCUCUACACUGUAUGGAUGUGAAUUCUUUACAAAGUACGGUAGCGAAGUAUCAAUAGAUCCUGAAUGGCUGACCCCUGGUAACAACUACAUAGCUCAGCUUAGGUUUGUAUCGGUUCCGGAGAGCACUGUCACCGAGAAACUCGUGGAGGAGUCCUGUAAUUCCGUGGCGGGAUAUUCCUUAAGUGACUGCCUGCACCGAUGCGCGGAAAACUUCUGUGGUUGUGCGGACCCGUUGCGCGACUUUAGGGAUAAUUCCACCAACCUGCCACCGUGUCCUAUCGCUCGAUUAUCCUGUCUCCAAACUAAUGGGCUGCACAACAACGGCUCGUGUAACUGCCUGCCGUCGUGUAAGAAGAUAACUACCUACAUGACGCUAGAAUCCGGCCCCAUGAAAUUUAUAGAACACGCCAUUGAUCCUAUAUACAGGGGCCUAAAUGUGACUUCCUCGGUGGUGAUGUCAUUCCGGGUGAACAUUCAUAUGUCCAAAGAAUUUAUACUGAAUCCAACUGAGACGUGGCUCACGUUACUUUCGUCGCUGGGUGGAGUCUUCAACAUGUUCCUAGGAGUGGGUUUGUUCAGUGCAUUGGAGUUGUUAACGCUUAUAUUCGUGAAGAUACCAAUGGCAAUACGUAAAUAUCCUGAAAAGCCACCGCCACAAAUUAAAACACGUUAAUAUAUAAUUUUCGUUUUAAAUAAAUACAGUCACUAUUCUGCUAAUGCACCCAUUAUUUAAUGUAGGUAGGUACCUAGAUAAUUUAGUGUGUUAAUAAACCACUAUAUGUAUUUUAAUUGUAUUAAAUA